ACCCCGUUAAACGAUAGCGGAGCAAGUCAGGAUUUUAAGAAGACGCAGCCGUGCAAUUGACUAACUGGCCUCGGUGCUGUUGCAAUUGACCGGAAAAGUGUGAAGAAGGCGAGCGCUGAUGCGCCUUUUCCAGUCUCGAUGAAACUCUGAGCGCUGCAGCGGUUCCUCCGGGCUUUCGACUUUCUCUCCUCUCCAUCUCAAAACUUUUGUUUUGCUCUCCUCUCCCUCCCCGCUUCCCACCUGCUGCCGCUCCGAGCCGCGAAUCUGUCCCGCGAGUCUUUUUCUUCAAUGGGCGCCUUGGAUUCACUCACCGGAGGACCUGCCAAUCCGACCGCCGCUGCCCUCACCAUGCUGAACGGGGCAGAGAGCCAAAACUUUGCCAAGGAGCCUCCGGACCUCCAGGGAACCACGACCAAAGACACGGGCGGUGGGGGCGAGCUGAAAUUGGGAGCCCCCCAGGACCGCUUCUACUACCCCGAUCCCCCCUUGCAGGAAGGCGGCUGCAACUUAGGGCUGGCCUAUGGAAGUCCAAUGGUGCAAAGCGCAUUUGCGGGGACCGACUCGGCUUCUUCGAGCAGGUUUUUGGGGCCGGCAGCGAACAACUGCUCUUCCUACCGAGCUCAGCCUCCCCCGCCUAUCCCAGCAUCAACUGUCCCCGCCGGGAAUCCUGGCUUCUCGGUCUCAGCUAGCGAUCUCUACCCCAGCGCCGGGGAUCUGUACGCCAGCGCGCCCGCCGGAGAAGGCUGCUACUCGACAGCGGUCCAGCACGUGUUCUCACGGGCUCCUCUCUAUCCCGUGCCGGGCUAUCAGAUCUCCGGAAAGACCCAGGUGGUCCUCAACAAUUACCCGCUCUGGGCCAAGUUCCACAAGCAUCAGACGGAAAUGAUCAUUACCAAGCAGGGCAGGAGGAUGUUUCCAUUUCUGAGUUUCAACAUCAGCGGGCUGGAUCCUGUGGCUCAUUAUAGCAUCCAUGUGAAUGUUGGGUUAGUGGAUCAGCACCACUGGCGAUACCAAGGAGGGAAAUGGGUUCAAUGCGGCAAGGCCGAGGGAAACAUGCCAGGGAAUCGGACAUACAUACACCCAGAUUCUCCCAACACUGGAGCUCAUUGGAUGCGACAGGAAAUUUCCUUUGGGAAACUGAAGCUCACCAACAAUAAAGGAGCAUCAAACAAUAUCACCCAGAUGAUUGUACUGCAGUCUUUACACAAGUAUCAGCCUCACCUGCAUGUUACUGAGGCCAAGCAGGGCGAAGUGGACGAGGUGCAUCCCUCAAUCUGCACUCAAACCUUUACUUUUCCAGAGACCCAGUUCAUCGCAGUUACUGCGUACCAAAAUGCUGAUAUCACUCAGCUGAAAAUAGAUCAUAAUCCUUUUGCUAAAGGCUUCCGUGACAAUUUUGAUACGAUGUAUACCACAACCGAGGGAGAGCGCACAACCCCAUCUCCACCCAGUGUGACCAGCUGCCAGCAGCUCCUGUCAGGCAGCCGGUUCCAGCCUUUCUUGCAUGACCAGUUUUCACUGCCCCAGAGCCGCUUCUUCAAUCGGGAAUGUGUCCCACUCCCUCUGCCACCCAAGGAUCCUCCCCACUGGUAUUUUGCUUCACAACAGCCUCCCCCUGCUCCCCUGGAAUAUGGUGCCUAUGAGGGAGACUUCCGAGGGAACAAAUUUAUGCCCUAUGGGGUAAAGCCAUUUGCUCUCCAGCCUGCUUCCCAUUCCUCCUUGCCCUACUAUCAGGACCACCCAUUUGGUCCUCCUCCUGCAUGGAGUUCGCCACCUCAGUACCACCAUCCCAAGCCCAACCCAGGGGCCCUGAGCUGGUUCCGGCCCAUGCGGGAUUUGCAGGCCUUGCCUGCUGGAGAGGAGAAAGGGAAGGACAAUGAGGGCUGGGCUGAACCAGGCUCAGUGAAGUCUGCAGAUUCUUCAGACUCUGGCUUAUACGAAGCUGAGUGUAAGCGUCGCAGAGUGUCUCCAUAUGUCUCAAGUGCCGAAAGCUCCCCACCUCUCCGCAAUGGGGAGCUCUAUGACAAAGAAGGUGGUGGGGACAGUGGUUAUUAUGGGUUCUAUGGCAACUAA